UGUAAAGGAGAGAACUUGUUGCGGAGUGUAAAAGUUUGGAGGUAGACUCGGACUUCGUCCCUCAUGCGAGCAGCGCCCGUCCCGGUGCAGACUCCUCCCUCCCUCCCAUUGAGUUGUCCGGGGAAACACUAACAACUGUAACUAAAGUCAGCCGUCCUGUUCGCGGACGGAAAGCUUGUGACCUCCGGCUCGCUGUUCCACUGUUACCCCGCGGAGCUGCUUCUUCUUCACCGGGACGCACCUUCCCGGCUCCCCGCUCCCCGGCGUCCCCCACACGGAGGAUUAUUAUGCGCUUUAACGCUGCGGCUUGUUCACGCUGAGCUUUCCUGCUGGAGUGUCCACGGACAUGAAACUCAAUCCACAGAAAGCUCCGUUGUAUGGUCAUUGUGUUAUCACAGUGCAGCUCACAGAUGAGGAGCUGUCUGCAGACUCGGAGGGCGUGGACUACUUCCUGCUGUUUGCUGGCAGCACGCAGAGGCACCUGACCAGCACCCUGAGGAGCAGUCAUGACACCUUGCAGGCGCUGUGUCCCGCUCACGACUGCUGCGAGGUGGUGUCGGUCACCUUGUGUUCAGUCACCCGAGGAAUCCCGGAGGGAGAGGAGUCCCCGCCGGGCCGCGUGGCUCCGCUGGCCGAGCAUCGAUUCAGCUUCGUGCAGGACCUGGCUUUUGACAUGGCUCAGUUCCUGGUGAGCACGGCGGGCCGGGCCGACGGCCUGGACGGCGCGCUCAUGCUGGACGAGUGUCAGAUUCCUCUGCAGGAGUGUGAGCGGCUGGACGAGAACCUGGCGCUGGCCCUGCAUCACCUGACGCUGCCGCCGGGAUGGAGCUUACUGGGAAACAAACGGACCAACAGCACCGACCCAAAUCCUCAGGAGACCCUGCUGCAUUUCUCGGCACGUCGAGGUCUCCUUCGGGUCACACGCUUCCUGCUGCGCCAGCCUGGAGCCAGGGAAGCCCUGCGAUUGGUCAACCGACAAGGCGACACCCCGUCGAGCAUCGCGGCGUCACGAGGAAACGAAGACCUUUGCAAAGUGCUCGCAAAGGCCGAGACCGACUCGGAGACGGAAAGGGAGAGCGUCCAGCUGGGCUCUGCAGAUGCUCGGGUGCGUUGCCACCUACCAGUGCUGAACACGCACACUCUGACCCUUAGCGUUCACCCCAGCCGCGACACGCCGACCCUCCAGGAGAGUGUGGAGCAGCUGCUGCACUUGAUAUGCCAUCUCCAUGCCAAGGGAGUUUCUGUCUUGGAGCUGCAGUUUGAUUCUCUGCACGCCGCUGCUGAAUGUUGUGAUGGUGUAGAGGAGAGGUUCACCUGUCUGGGGCCAUCCCAGCAGCCACAGUGCCUUGUUGCUGCAACUGAAGGGAGCGGGGUGGAAAACGUCCCACCGAGGAGCGACAGCACAGAAAGCUGUGGAGAUGGUGAGACCGGGGCUGCAGAGGAAGACUUGACUUCGCCUGAGAGCAUUUUCACAUCAGAAGUGACCCCCCAGGAGCAUGGCCUCGGCCCCCCAGAGGACUGGGUGUGUCUCAGUUCAAACGCCGGGGGAGAGCACUGCCAAACGGAGGAGGAGGAGGAGAAGGAGAAGGAGGAGGAGGGAAAGGAACAGCCUGUUGUUUCCACCCAGAGUUUGAGCCUGUGUGACAGGAGUGAGGCAGAGCAGAGUGAGGCUAAAGGGGAAAGCCUCACUGUGGGAAUCCUCCCACCAACAGACUGCGAUAAACAGGCAGAGGAAACUGAUAGAGGAGAGACUGUGAUCCGGGAAGAACAAGAGGCCGAGAAGGGAGAGGACCGAACUGAGAAGGAAACAGAAGACACCACGGCCGAGAGGAGGGAGGAGGAAGAGGAGAAGAAGGAGGAGGAGGAGGAGGAGGAGGUGGAGACCAACUCGGAAACAGCAGGACUAAUAACAACCAGUGGAGACACGAAAGCCCCAGUCAUGGGCCAGUCUUUGUCAUCGGAAUGCUCCGAGACUUCAGACGGCUCCGAUUCGGAUGUGAAUGCGGAAGGAGCAAGGAAGCGACAGAAAAGCAAAGAAGAUACAGAAAGUUUUAGCCAGGAAGCCUGUGAUGGACUCUCUGAAGAGAAAGAGGAAGCAGGAAGGGAAGAGUUAACAGAAUCUUCAUCCCACCCAGGAGACCUCCCCAACCCGGCGCUGAUAGACUCGGAUGAUGUAAUGAAGGAGACCGACUCUGCUGUCCCACCUCUCCUGAUAGAAGGCCUCCAUGAGGGGGAACCUCCACCAGACAUAAACAGCCCAGAACAAAACCAGGAAACAGCUGGUAGGGAUUACGCGGCAGAGCAGCAGAGGGGCUUGGCUCCACAAACUAGUUGUCAUUCUGGGAAUUGUUCCGAAGCAGCGAGUAGAGAAGCACGGGAUGGUGAAGACGCAGCCGAAACCUCUGGAUACACAAAUACAGAUUUGCCCGCGGAUGAAUCCAACAGUACAGCCGACUGCCGAACCUCUGGGGAUUUCUUACCGGAUACAGAGAGUGAGCGUUUAAACUGUGAAGAGAUGCUCAUGAAAGGAGGCGCAGAGCAGGAGUCUGGUGCGACCCACGGCACCUCCAGCGACGAAGAUGGCAGUUUUAGAUCCGUUGGAAGCUCCACAACAGAAAUAUACCACCCUACUCAGGAGGACGGCACAGUGGAGGGCAGUGACUGUCUUCAAGCAACCACGGUAGAAUCGUCCAACUCAAAACCCAAUGAAAGUGAUGACAAUUUUCUCAGUGUGGAUGGCGAGCUCCCCUUGGAGCCUGGCACCGUCAGUGCAGCGACUCAGUGCGACCAGGAUGGCACCGAGCCGGACUCCCUCCAGACAAUGGAGGCUUUGAGUACCGAGGGGAUGGAGGAGCUCACCCCCGAACCCUCUAAAGAGGAUGUCUCGUUAGAGCCGGCGGUGUCUGAGAGCGAGGACACUCACAUUAAUGAAAGUGAAGCCGGGGAGUCCAGCCACUCAGACCUCGGUGUAGCGAUUGAGCCUUCAGUGCCAGAGGAGAUCAAAGCCAUCGGUGUGGUGGAGGAAGACAUUCAGCUGAUAGAGCAGAGCGAUACAUCUGCGGUGGUGGCAGCAGAGGAGUCUGGGAAUGUGCAAUAUGUGCCACAGCAACCCAAACAGGACAGUUCAGAAAUGACACCAGAUGAGAAGCCAGUUUCAGAUGUGGAUCCAGCUUCCUCCAACACGGAAGCAUCCAGUGAACCUCUUGUUCAGGACCCGGUGGCUGAAAACCCAAAGACUUGUGACGUGGUGGACGGAGUGCCAGAGAGCUGCAGCAGCACGUUACAAGAGGUGGAUGUCAUCAUGAGCGAGGAAGCUGUGAGUGAUGAAGCGAAGAAGGAGGAAGAUGGCCCGGCGGAGGAAGCGCUCUUCUCCACGAUCCACCGAGACAGAGACUCGUCGUUCCAUCAGCCCUGCAACACUCAGCACUCAGGUUCCUCGCAGUCUUCCACACUUCCCAGUUUGUCCAGCAGAACGAGCAGCGCCACCAGCCGUCCCUCCUCCACUCACAGGGACUCCGGCAGCGACACGGAAAACUUCCUCAAUGUAGAGCCGACGUACGACAGCGUCUUCAGAAAGAAUGACGAGCCAGUGACGGGAGGAGACAGCACCAGCGAGGUCUCCGUCUCCAUCUCCUGCUCCUCCACCGACGACACCGCCAGCGUCGGGCCGCCCAGCUCCAGCCCCGAGGGCAGCCAGGGCCUGAGCUGCAGCUGGAGCCCCGAGGAGGGCAGCCAGACCCAGGGGCCGGUCACUGCCGGCCUGGACAGCAGUGGAGGAGGAGGAGGAGGAGGAGGAGCGGCGGGGGACGCUGAGGAAGAGGCCAAGGACAGGGUGACGGAGGUGCCGCGCCGUUCCUGCGUCCUCCGGAACAGCGUCCGCUCGGUGUCGCCGCUCCGCCGCCACAGCUGGGGCCCGGGGAAGAACCACGGAGGAGACGCAGAGAUGAACCAGAGGAGUUCCACUCGUAGCCCUGCUGAGAGGAAGCCGGCCUUUCACAGGAGAAGCUACAGCCUGGAGGGGCUCAGUGGGGGCCAAGAGGAGCUGAGGGGCCCCGCCACCCAGGGGCCCCGGAUCCUGGAGCCUUCCCGGAUGCCCCGGCAGGACAGCGACGACAGGGGCUCUCUGGUGUCCCUGACAGAGGAGCAGGAGGAUCACAGCGAGCACCACAGGCUGCACGACCUGCAGAAAUCUAGACGGUAUCGUCCGCUACGAAGCAACGGUUCCCCCAUGACCCUGCCCCUCACUAAGUCUGUCUCCAUGCUCGCAAUCAACCACAGAGACAUCGACGGUUCGAGGUUGUUUUCCACCACCUCUGGGCCGCUCGCUUACAGUAUAUCUGAGGAGGAACCAGGGCCUCUGCGGAGCGACACUGAGGGAAAGGGCGUGACCAAAGUCAGCCGGACCUUCAGCUACCUCAAGAACAAGAUGUACAAAAAGACCAGGGAGAAGGAGCGAGAGAAAAGGGAGAAAGACAAAGAGGGCAAGGAGAAGGACAAGAAGAGCGUGAACGGCCACGUCUUCACGCCGCUCUGCUCCAACCAGGCGGCCCAGUGCUCCCAGUGCAAUAAGGCUUUCAACAACAAGGAGGCUUUCUACUGCUCGUACUGCUAUGCUUCCGUCCACAAGGGCUGCAGGGACGCUCUGCCUGUUUGUGCCAAGGUGAAGAUGAAGAUUCCCAAGCAGCAGUUUGCAGUACCAGAUUCGAGCUCCGUUUCCACCGUCACCAUGAGGAACAAAUCCGGGGGGACGAGGGAGCGGCCCUGGUCAGCCAUCCUCACCCCUGAAGACCAUUCCUCCCUGACGAUGCCGGCGCCACGAAGACCCACCAGCAUCAUGGCGUUCCACGGGAACAACCUCUCCAAGAGUCUGUCAAUAAGCAACAUUGCCGGUCCGGUGUUUGACGAGAUGCCCAUUAAAGGCCUGCGGUAUCUCUCACAGUCGACCGACUCCCUCAACAGAACCAACCAGGUGACAGAGUCCAUGGAAUCCCUGACUGAUGAAGGGACAGAGAUGAUGGACGGGCAGCUGAUGGGGGAGUUCGAGGCGGACUCCAAAGAGAUGGAGGCGGACUCGUGGAGUUUAGGCGUGGAGCAGCAGUAUCUGCAGCAGCUGGACAGAGAGCUGGUCAAGAGACAAGACGUCAUCUACGAGCUGAUGCAGACGGAGAUGCACCACAUUCGGACGCUGCGCAUCAUGUCGGAGGUGUACAGCAAGGGCCUGCAGAAGGAGGUGCAGCUGGAGCAGCAGACGGUGGAGAGGCUGUUUCCCGCCCUGGACGAGCUCCUGGAGCUCCACACGCAGCACCUCCUGCGCCUCCUGGAGAGGAAGAAGGAGAGCCAGCUGGAGGCGGGCGGCGUGGAGGGAGGCUUCAUCAUCAGCAGGAUAGGAGACAUCUUGGUCAGCCAGUUCUCAGGAUCAAACGGUGAAACCAUGAAGAAGGUCUACGGGAGAUUCUGCAGCCGCCACAACGAAGCUGUCAACUUCUACAAGGACCUCCUGACCAAAGACAAACGCUUCAAAGCCUUCAUCAAAAAAAAGAUGAGUAGCAGCAUUGUGCGGAGACUCGGCAUCCCAGAAUGCAUCCUGCUCGUGACCCAGAGGAUAACGAAGUACCCGGUGCUGAUCCAGAGAAUGCUGCAGCACACAAAAGAGAGCGAGGAAGACUACGACGACCUGACGGAGGCCGUGCGGCUCGUGAAGGAGGUGAUCGCGUCGGUCGACAGCAAGGUGAACGAGCACGAUAAGAGGCGGCGUCUGAGGGAGUUCCACAGCCGCAUGGACAGCAAGUCCAUCAUGAUGAUGAAGAGCGGCCAGAUAUUCGCCAGGGAGGACCUGCUGAGGAGGCGGCUGAUACACGACGGCGCGCUGCAGCUCAAGAACGUCCAGGGGAGGCUGAAGGACGUCCACGCUCUGCUCCUCUCCGACGUCUUCGUCUUCCUGCAGGAGAAAGACCAGAAAUACGUGUUUGCCAUGCUGGACCAGCGCUCCACGGUCAUCUCCCUCCAGAAGCUGAUCGUCCGGGAGGUCGCUAACGAGGAGCGCGGCCUCUUCCUCAUCACGGCCGGGAUCGAGAAGCCGGAGAUGGUGGAGGUCCUGGCCAGCUCCAAGGACGAGCGCAACACCUGGAUGCAGCUCAUCCAGGAGGCCAUGCAGUCCAUGGAGAAGGACGAGGACGAAGGGAUUCCCAGUGAGACUGAAGAUGACAAGAGACAGCUAGAAACCAAAGCCAAAGAGAUGAGAGAUAUGUUGAGGCAGAAGGACACAGAGAUCAUGUCCCUGCUGGAGGAGAAGGUGCGGCUCUUCCGAGGCAUGUGGGAGGGCCUGAACCCCGGCGAGGAGGCCUGCCGCCAGCUGGAGCCCUUCUUCAGGUCGGCCAGCGGCCCCGAGCCACCCAGAGGGGCGGCCAUCAUGAAGGAUGCCCUGCAGGAAGUGGAGACGUUACAGGCGCUGGUGAACGGCAGCCUGGGGGGAGCGAUGGCCAGCGUUCAGGAGACUGCAGCGGGAGGCGGCGGUGGCGGCGGAGGCUGUGCUGGACCGGUGUGUCUGCCCCGCCGGGCCGAGACCUUCGGAGGCUUCGACAGCCACCAGAUGCACAGCAGCAAGAGCGGAGACCGAGAUGAGAGCGAGGAGAUGGCGGGGGAUCUGCGCAGGACGGAGUCCGACAGCGUCUUGAAGAAGGGAGGAAACGCCAACCUGCUGCUGCUGCUGAAGAGGAACAGCGAGCAGGUCCUGCACAGCGUCUCAAACCUGCACCUCCUGCUCAGCACUCUGCAGGCGGUGGUGGUGCAGCAGGACAGCUUCAUCGAGGACCAGCGGCAGGCCCUGAGCGAGCGCUCGUCCUCCUGCUCGUCCCUGUCGCGGGCCUCGUCGCGGCCCAGCUCGCUGAUCGAGCAGGAGAAGCAGCGCAGCCUGGAGAAGCAGCGGCAGGAGCUGGCGUCGCUGCAGAGGCAGCAGGCGGCCCACGCCGAGGAGAAGAGGAGGCGCGAGAGGGAGUGGGAGCUGAGGGAGCAGCGGCUCAGCGAGAGGGAGGGCCUGCUGCACCGACAGGAGGAGGACGUCCGGAAGCAGCACCGGGACCUGGAAGAGGAGAAGCAGGAGCUGCAGAGCAGGAAGGAGGAGUACCAGAAAGAUCUGGAGCGGCUGAGAGACGCCCAGAGGAAGCUGGAGAGGGACCGCGAGGCCGUGCAGCGGCAGCUGGACAGGAUGGAGGAGCUCCGCGUGUCCGAGAGGACUUCCUCCACCACGUCCGAUGAGUCGCACUUCCCCGGCAGCUCCCACUCCCUGGAGCUGGACCCGCUGGAGCUCUGCCCCUCCUCCUCGUCCUCGCUGCCGAGGCUGCAGCCCCAGCGGUCCAAGACCAAAGGGAAGGGCCUCAACCCCUUUACCUCGUCCUCCGGCAGCCUCAAGGGCGGCGAGGCCAACAACCAGCUGUCCAAGGGCCUCCUGCAGCUGGCCAAGAACAAGAGCAAGGAGGGGAAGGAGAAGAAGAAGAAGAAGAGCAAAGGAGGCAACGCACAGACAGCAGACUCCCAGCACCUCCCGGAGCCUCCUCUGGAUGGAGAGAUCUUCUUCUGCUGAGGGAGGCGGCUCUCCUCCUCCUCCUCCUCCUCCUCCUCCUCCUCCUCCUCCUCCUCCUCAUGGACCCAUCAUGUCGUGGUGACACCCAGAGGAAUAUGCUAACACGUUCCUGCACUGUGAAAAAGGCUUUCAGUUCGUUUUCCAUUUCACAACGUGCAUGCAAGAAGAAACUGAAAACUGUAUUUUCUUGUUUUCGAGUCGAAAAGCACUGCUUUUAGUUUGUGGGAAGCCGUUCGGGGGGGUGGCAUCCAUCCGUACACGUGUAGCCGUGGAUUAGCUCUGCACUUUGGGAUGUUCUCAGUCCAAAAAAAAAAAAAAAAAA